CGCUGGCGUCUCUCCGCCGCAUGUCUCCUCUCCUACCUGCUAGGCAUCCAAGACUCCGCCCUAGGCGCGCUGAUCCCCUCCAUUGAGGAAUAUUACCACAUCGGAUAUGCCCUAGUGGCCAUCUUAUUCAUGACCACGGCGAUAGGCUUCGUGCUCGCCUCUUUCGUCGCGCAGCCAGCCCACAGCCGUUUCGGCAGAUCUGCCUGUCUUGUCCUGGGGAAUGGGAUAAUGACCGUAGGAUACGUCAUAUGGACGGUGUGCCCGCGCGAGUAUGGCCCGCUGGUAAUUGCUCCACUGCUCAUCGGGGCGGGGGAGGCAUGGCUCUUGGCUCAGAUCAAUCUCUUUGCCAGCACAACGCCUAAUCCGACCGUGUAUAAUGGUUAUGUCCAUGGCUGCUACGGGAUUGGCGGAGUCUCCGGUCCUCUUAUUGCCACCGCUAUGGUUUCGAAGGGAAUAAAGUGGUCCAACUUCUACUUCAUCCCUCUAGGACUAUCUGUCUGGAACGGCGUUUUCAGUGGUAUCGUAUUCCGAGAACCAAAGAUGCGGACAGAGCGAUCGUCAAGACAGAAAAAAUCAAAUAUUAUGCUAGAGACCCUUCGCGAUAAAACUACGCUCAUCACCGCCCUCUUCAUGUUCGCGUACUCGGGCUCGGAAGUGAGCUUGGCCGGGUGGAUAGUGACCUUCCUAAUCAAUACCAGAGGCGGCGACCCGAGCAAGAUGGGGUACGCCGAGUCUGGCUUCUGGGGCGGCAUCACCGUCGGCCGUUUCGUCGUCAGCCACUUGUGUUUCAAGUACGGCGAGCGGAAAGCGGUGUUCGCGCUACUGGGAGGAGCGAUUGCUCUGGAGGCCAUAGGGUGGGCUGUCCCGAGUGUCAUCCCUGACACCGUUGCGAUUGCGCUUGUCGGCGUCCUCCUGGGUCCGAUAUAUCCUUGCACUAUGUCAGUCGUCACGAGGAUACUCCCCAAGCACCUCCACGUCUCGAGUCUAUCACUUAUAUCAGCUCUCGGUUCGUCGGGUGGUGCGGCCGUACCCUUCACCGUGGGUAUCAUUGCACAAUUCAAAGGGCCCUAUGUUGUUCAUCCUACCGCCAUCGUCGCCUUUGCACUCAUGGAGAUUUCGUGGUUCAUACUCACUAGAGGACAGACGUUACAGUCAUGA